AUGGCAUUAUCCAGGGGUAACCAGAGGAUAUUUCCUGCUCUUGGGGCAGGAAAACUUGAUGAUGAUGAAAAUCAGCUAAUACAGGCACCAGAAGUAGAGGAGGACUUUGACGUCCUAAAUGAGGAAACAUUUGGUGAUCUGGGAGAUGCUGAGUAUGAUUGGGAAGAUGAGCACUCCCGCAUGGCUGAAGAGCUGGAGGGCAGUUGUCUGGACACACCUCUUGAGAAAAAUAAAACCAAGGACUCUGGAUUUGUCACUAUGGAGCGAGGGUACUCAACCGUCACACAGGAUGAUGAAUUGGAGCAGUCUAUCAGUCGUCUGAUGGUUGAUGACGGAGAUGGUUCAGCUUUCGAUGUCAAUGGACAGCCUAUACCAGGGGCUCUUCGUACGUCUCAUUUGGAUGAGCUAUUUGGACCAAAUUCACCUCCCGCCUUUUUGGAUUUGGAAAGCCUGACAUCCCCAAACAAAAACAUCUGGGGGUCCCCAUCUGGGGAUGGCACGUUUCAGAAGCCAGUGAAUAACACAUUGCAAAUCCUCUUUGCCUCGGCUAAGCAAGCAGCCUUCAGGGAUUUUCCAGGGGCCUUUCAAGAUACUGCAUCCAAAUCAGUUCAACCACCACACAUGCCUUUGCCUUCUGAAGUACCUACCUUAGCAGAAAUUGAGCACAACAUGAUGGCCCGAGAGAACCAGAAGCCUCGGGAACCUCCGCUACCUCAAGAGCCCAAGCCUUACUUCUCUGGGCCAGCACAUAUUCCACCAGUUGGUACUGCUGUUGCUUUCAGGAAACAGCCUAGUCAAGGUCCUCUAGCCACAAGAGUUCCAAUUGCGGAAAGUUCACCUAUUAACAUCAUUAGACCACAUACGAGACCUCUGCACAGUUAUCCAGGCCAGGAGUCACCUGUAAAAACGGGCAGCUCUCCAUCUCCUUCUCCAUCACCAUCCAAAUAUCCUGCUGGGAUGCCUCCUCCUGGUUUAGUGGCUCAAUCCCCUCGACUGAUAACUCCUUUUGGGCCAGCUGCCAUGUACAUGGCAAAUUCUAUUUUUGGAAAUGCAAUGACACGACCUCCACCAGCAGGACAAAUGCAUGUGCUUCCUGCAAAUGUGAGCAGUCCUUUUGGCAGUCCUACUGUUGUCAUGGCGUCUAGGCAACAGCCCCAUCACACAUAUGUCCAGCAGCCUCAUCCUGGUUAUUUUGGGGAUCGCAGUCAGCAGCAGUUUGAACUGAGGGGCAACAGAGGUCAGGGAAACCACAGUUCUGGGGACUAUCAUCAUGAUUAUGAAAACCAGAGAGUUCAUCAGCAACUGGGUCAUUCUCACAGACAAUUUCAGGAGUCAAAUCUAUAUGACUCUGAUCUUGAGUCCGAGGAUGAAUAUGCUGGCCUAAUGACUAAAAAGGAAAAGGAAUGGAUUAUAAAAAUACAGCUCAUUCAACUUCAGACUGACAAUCCGUAUUUGGAUGACUACUACUAUACUUGUUACACCAUGAAGAAGAAGACAGCUGAACGGGACAAACAAAGGGGCAUGUAUUCAGACAGGAUGACCAAUGAACCAGAGCUGCUGUUACCCAACAUGGUCAGAUUGGAACCCCGAAUUUACACACCUGCUCAGUUUGAGGGCUCCUUAGGACGGCUGACAGCAGCUAGUGUCCAUAACCCGCGGCAGAUCAUUGACGUCUGUCGCAAUAUGUCUCCAACCAAUGAGGAUCUAACACAGAAAAAUGUCAGCAAGGAGCUCCGGAGAUACCGACAGCUGCUUAUGGAUAUUGAAAAGGGCUUUAAUGUGAUCCUCGAUGUAGACGACAUUGAGAAAAAGGUGUUAGCACUUCCUGAUGAAAACAGAUUGCCACUGUUUGAAGAGAGACUGGAAAAAAUUCAAACGGUUUAUGACUACUUUAUGCAAGACGACAGUCUCCGAAAUUUCCUGCCAACUCUUCGGGUCCGCAAGGGCAGAAAGCUGCUGGCAAGGCUUAUGCCUCUUUUGGACAAGGUGCAGUGGUUGUCAAUCGUGACCGUGCUGUUUUCACACUUGCCAAAACUAAUUAAGAAAGAUCAAGAUGAAGAGGGCUUGCAGGUGCUAAUGGCUCCUCUUUCAAGAUAUUUGGCACAGUGUGACUUAGAAUGCCUUGUUCACUUUGCUACCAUUUUGCAAAAACAUCCUAAGCAAAAUGAGGAAGGACUGUCCCUGUUGCUUCAUACUUCUUUUGGUAUCUCCCUGCUGUGCUGUCUGAUCAAAUGUGGUGAGGACUACUUCAAAAAUACUUCACCUGUUGACAUUGAUAACCAGCUGAAGACACAAUGGACUCAAUUUAUUGAAGAAUUUAUCGAAAGCCUGGAGAUGGUACCCAAAGAAGAACUGGCCUGGCCUGAUACAUGUCAGCCUCAAGUUAGUGAUCAUGUGGACAGGUUCAUCAACAACAAGCUGAUUGGCUCUGUAGAAGACAAACUGGCACAUUUUUCCAAGCCGAAGCCGCCACAACAGCAAGGACAGGUGGACAGUUCGGUGACAUCUUCACCCAUUUCUUGA